AUGACUAAAAAAAAAAGAGAAUCUAAAGAAAAACUUGCUGAAGAGAGAAAAGUUGUGGGGGCAGAGAUUUAUAAUACUGAUGAACAUUUUUCUCAGAAUAGUCAGUUUCACUCAAAUGAAAUAGAAAAAUUGGAUGAGAAUAUUUUGUUCCCACCGACAAAUGUUCUUGAGAUACGAAACAUCUUUCAGAAACUAGAAGAUGAAGAAAGGGGGAGAAUGGUAAAUGAAUAUGUUGAUUUGAGUCAAAUUCCAGCAAACUUGAUGAGAAAACUUUCAUUUUUUAAACCUACAGAUGAAGUACAAGUAAAUAGGGAUGGUGAUUUCUCAGAUUCUGAAAGCGAUGAGCCCGAAGAAAGUGCUCAACUUGGGUUAGAUUUUGAAAAUUUGGAAUUUGCAGAUGACUUUGAAGAAGCAAAUCAAAACUUGAAGGUGAAUCAGAAUCCAACUCACUUCUUUAGUUUGGCAUUUAAUCACCACUCUUGCAAUCUAAUUAAAGAAUUCAGAGCUUUGAAAAAAACAGUAGGUAAUUCAACGGAAUAUGGGGAGAUUAAACCGAGCUAUUUCAUUGAGGAGAAAAAACUACACAUCACUUUGGGAUUAGUUCAAGCAGAAACACCUCAAGAACUUGCUCUUUGUGAAAACGCAUUAUUGAAGUUAACGGAAACUCGGGAAUUUCAAGACUUUGCAGAUGAAGCAUCUCCCGAAAAGGGGUUCCCAGUGGAGCUACAUGGAUUAGGUUAUUUUGGAUCUCCAAAUAAUUCUAGAGUAGUAUAUGCAAAAAUAUCAGAGAAUCAUAAAGUAGCUAUAAUUAAACGACUUUGGUUUAAACUUUGCGAGAUCCUUAUAAGAUCGGGGGUUAAAGUAACUACAUCUGAUAUUAGCCCUGAAGCUAGUAACAAAAAUCAAAGUAUAACAGAAACGGUCAUACAAGAAUAUAAUCCACAUGUAACUUUCAUCAAUACGAAGUACGGCUCUAAAGGGGAGAAACAGAGAUUAACAUUUAAUUCAAGUAAGCUAGUUAGAUCAUACUCAAAAAAAAGUUUUGGUCCUGGAUAUAUCUCUGAAAUCCAACUUAAUGAAUUAUCUGGAUUAAAAGAAAUAGGAGUCAGUAGUAAUGAGGAACAGGUAUAUAAAACUAUUUCCUUUGUUAAAAUUAACGGUAAUGAAUAG